AUGUCGUCGUAUUCUCAAGAUGACGAGCACGACCCUCAGGAGGAUGAGCUCCGCGAGACCGCUCUCGUUACGCUGGAGGCCUUAAUUAGCUCUUGCAGCCAGCAGAUGCAACCUUACCUGUCCAACACAGUGCAGUCUGCUCUUCGAUACCUCAAAUACGACCCUAAUGUCGCAGAUGUAGAAGAAGACGAGGAGAUGGGUGGUACCCAGGAUGAUGGUUCAGAGGACGACGAGGCCGAUCUGGAUGACGACGAGUUUGGAGACUUCGAGGAGGAUGGGGGAUACAGCGAUGUUGAUGAUAUGAGUUGGAAAGUCCGGAGAUGUGCAGCGAAACUCCUUUACACAGUUAUCUCGGCAUAUGGGAGGGGUCGCGCAUUGGACAACUCAUUAUACCAGCAGAUUGCGCCUGCCCUUAUCUCCCGGUUCAGCAAGGAAAGGGAAGAAAGCGUGAGGCUUGAGGUGGUUUCCACAAUGACGGCUCUGGUUCGCAAAACCGGUGAAGGUGCUAUGAUAAUAACGUCUAGUGGCUUCCUGGAGUCGGUUGGUGGAUCAAAAAACUCGAGGAAGAGGAGACGGCAAGAUAGUGAUGCAAACAUGAUCGACUUUGAGCCAAGUAUUGGUACAUCAUCUGCUGUUGGCACGCCGGUUGUUGCCCCAUCGUCACCCGAAUCUGGGCCGCAGGCUGACUUGGCUCGCUCGGUGCCUAUUAUUGUACAAAGCGUCGUCAAGAUGUGGAAGCAGGCUUCUGUCCCCUUGAAACAGGCUAUUGUCGUCCUGCUUAAGAGCCUGGCUCUUGUUCGUUACGGUGGCCUAGCUGAUCAUCUUCAGCAGAUCGAAGACCCAAUUGUGGAUGUCCUCAAGUCAUCAUCCCUUUCGGGAGGCUCGUCCGCCCCUGCUGGAGCGGCAGUCAGUGCGGGAACCCUCCAGGUCGAGACAUUGAGCCUGAUUGCCGCCAUUGCUGAAACACACACAUCGGAUGCUCUCCUGCCUUUCUUGAUCGCCUUAAUUCCGGGCGUUAUCGGCUCUGUCCGAGACAGGAACUAUAAGGUUAGCAGUGAAGCUCUUGGGGCUGUGGAACAGAUAAUGAAAGCUCUUACGCCACCUCGAGUAUCCAUGACGUCCCAGGAUCUCGAGUCACAGUUGGAGAAGCUGUAUGAUGUGGUUCAGGAUCGCAUUGCUGAUACGAGUGCUGACCUUGAGGUUCGCCAGCGAGCUAUUCAUGUAUUUGGUGUGCUCUUAGCUCGGACCUCAGGCGAGAAUGGUUCUACCUUCCUCUCAUUGGACCGCCGUUCAAGGGGUAUCAGUGUCUUAGUUGAUCGUCUGAGAAAUGAGACUACUAGGCUUGCAGCCGUUCGCGCUGUGGACGACGUUGCCGUCUUGUGCAGCCGUGAGAUAGAUGUCCCUUCGACGUGGGUCAGUGAGGUCACUAUCGAACUUAGUGCUCAACUACGCAAGUCAGACCGCGUGCUCCGAGGUGCCAGCUUGGAGGCUCUUCGCAGCCUCGCUAUGAAUCCUAAUACUAGGGCCCAUUACGACAAUAAAACGAUGAAGGACUUGGAGGACUCCCUUCUGCCCCUCAUCAGUGCUGAGGAUUUCCAUUUCCUUGCGCCUGCCCUAAUUAUCCUGGCAAAGCUCGUCCCUGGAAAUUCCCCGCUCCUUGUCAACGAAGGUCUAGUGUCUGCUCUAUGUUUGAUUGUCGUCUCACCCCUGGUUGGCACCGUACUAAAGGCAUUAUUGCUACUCGUUAAAGUUAUCGGGGAAGAGGGAGCUGGAGCAGAGCUAAUGGGAAAGCUUUUGAGAGAUGUUGGCAUCAAUGGUGACACUUCCGUUGUCGGCAGAGCAAUUGGGACGCUUUUGGUCCACGGCGGCUCAAGGUUAGGGGUCAAGAUGGAAGACUUUAUGACAGAACUACAAACCGCGCAAGAUGCUCAGCGGAAAUGUCUCGCCCUUGCUAUUUUGGGAGAAAUUGGUCUGCGCAUGGGGGCACAGUGUGCAUUAUCACCGGAACUGUUCAUUAAGCAUUUCGACUCCAAGUCAGACAAAGUACGGUUGGCUUCAGCCACGUCCCUGGGCAAUGCUGCUGCGGGUAAUGUGAAAGCGUAUUUGCCCACUAUCUUAGGUGGCCUGGAGCAGUCGAACCCUCAGAGCUACCUGCUUCUUCACUCCGUUAAAGAAUUGCUUCAACACCCUGAAAUUGUGCGGCCUGAUGUGGCACCUUCUGCGCUCAAGCUCUGGCAGGCCCUUCUCCAGGUUUCGGAAGAGGAAGACAACCGAGCUGUUGGAGCGGAAUGCGUUGGUCGACUGGCAUUGAUUGACCCCGUAGCUUACAUACCACAUUUCCAGGAAUACCUAUCCAGUACUGAUGCCGGCAUUCGGGGUGUUGUCAUCUCUGCAUUCCGUUACACACUUUCCGACUCAAGCGACACCUAUAACGAUGUGUUGCGGCCGUUGAUUGUCCCCCUUUUAGUCAAAAUGCUCAGUGAUCGUGAUCUCGGUAAUCAUCGUCUUGCGUUGACGACCUUGAACUCAGCGAUCCAUAACAAAAUGGAAAUCAUUCUCCCGCACCUCAAUGAACUGCUUCCGGCAGUAUUUGGCGACACACAAAUUAAACCAGAACUCAUUCGUGAAGUCCAGAUGGGGCCAUUCAAGCACAAGGUCGAUGAUGGUCUUGAGUUACGUAAGAGUGCCUACGAAACCCUCUACGCGUCCCUGGACACCACAUUUUCACUUUCCCACGUUUCCGAAUUUUUCGAUCGUAUUCUAGCGGGAAUCGAUGACGAGCAAGAUAUCCGCACUAUUUGCAACCUUAUGACCUCCAAACUCAUCACACUCGCUCCAGAAGAGACGCAGCGAUACCUUGAUGUCCUAUCGGAGCGCUACGGCAUUGUUCUGUCCUUCAAACCCAAGGAUAAUGCUGUGAAGCAAGACCUUGAAAAAGCACAGGAAGCAUCCAUGGGUGUUCUUAAGAUCUCCCGCGAAUUGAGCAAAGCAUUCCCAAAUGCUGAGGCUUCUGGGGAGCAUCACAAAUGGAAAUCAUACAUGGAAUGGAUCCGGAAGACGUUUACUACGCAGCUGAAGAGCAUGGAUACGGAAUUUUAG